AUGCGUACUUUUACUAUUCUCGCUUCUCUUACUAUAGGAGCUUCUGCUGGCACAGUCUCUGCUCCUUUCGUGAAGCAUGGCUUUCACCAUGGCGCCUCCAUCGACAAGCGCAAUACUCUAAAUCUAGAGGCUCUGAAUAACAUCACGGGAGGAGGAUACUAUGCAGAGUUCCAGAUUGGAACGCCACCUCAAAACAUCAGCUUCCUUCUUGAUACUGGUAGUAGUGAUACUUGGGUCAACUCAAACAACACCGAUCUCUGCCAUAGCCAGGAGGCGCAAAAGAAGAAUGGAUACUGCAUGACUACUUUCAAGCCUCAGAACAGUCGCACAUUUAAGGUUGUGGACCGCGAUGGCUUUGAUAUUCGAUAUCUAGACACUCGUCGAAUCGAGGGUGACUAUUUUAAUGAUACUGUUACUAUCGACGGCAAGGCCGUCAAGCAGCAGCAGCUGGGUCUUGCGGUCAAGUCUGUUCGCCCAACUGGAAUCAUGGGCUUGGGCUUUUCUGAAAACGUUGCUACCAACAAGUCUUACCCUGCCAUCGUUGACAAUAUGGUAUCUCAGGGUCUCAUCGAUACAGCUGCAUACAGUCUCUGGCUGAACGACCUAGAUUCUGAUCAAGGAACCAUUCUAUUUGGUGGCAUCGAUACCAAGAAGUUCUAUGGCAAACUUGCCACCCUCCCUCUGUUGCCCGAGUCCGCCAAAUCCCUGAACGUCACCUCCUUCAGCGUUUCUUUGCAGGGCCUUAAUGUCAGAACGCCAAAGAAUUCAGAUGGCAUCAAGAUGGAUAGCCUCAAGAAGAACACAGUCGCUAUUCUCGACUCUGGAUCCACCGUCUGUCUCUUGCCCGAUCCCCAGGUCAACGAAAUCUACAAGGCCUUUGACGUUCUCAGUGUGAGAGAUGUCCCCAUCCCUUUUGUAGACUGCGGGUAUGGAAAAGACAAGGGCGAAGGCAUCACCUUUGAGUUCCAGUUCGACAAUAAGACGAUCUCUAUCCCCAUGAGCGAGAUGGUCGUCAACGCCUUUCCCGAUAACCAGGAUCUUUUCAAGGAUCCCCGCCUCGACUACUACUUCAAGGACUGGGAUGGUGUCUGCAUGUUUGGCAUUUCUCCCGCAAGCACCUACGGUGUCGGUACUUCCAGCUUUGCUAUACUUGGCGACACGUUCCUACGCUCCACUUACGUCGUAUACGAUCUGGCCAACAAGCAAGUGGCUAUUGCCGAGGCUGUUCACGGUAAUAACGGAUCAAGUGUCGUUGAACUAAAGGCAAACUCCAAACUACCAGCCGUCUCUGGAGUUCCAGAGCCCGAGAAUGCUGCUGGCCAUGUUUCCCCUGCUUCAUUGGUGGCCCUCAUCGUCUCUGCGGGUAUUGCAUUGACUCUUUUAUAA